AGGAAGGAGGAAGGGAAGAGAAAGAAGGAGGAAAGAGAGGAAAGGAAGGAAACAAGAAGAGAAAGAAAGAGAAAUAAGGAAAAGAGAGAGAAGAAAGGAAAACAGGGAAAUAAAAGGAAGAAAAAGAAGUUAAAAAAGGAAGAAAGGAAGGAUGGAGCACGCGUACGAGCUCAGACAGUUCUGCGGAGGGGAGUUGAGGCCGCUGGACAGAUAUUAUCAAGCGCACGAGAGGGACUGGGACGGCGGCAUCGACAAUGAUGGGCUCGACAUUAGAGAACUCGAGAACUACAUCAAUGACGACAACAAUGAUACCAUGUACUUCGGGGACCUGUCUGGCGGCGGCGGCGGCGGCGGCGGUGGGGGCGGCGUGGGGGGAGACAUCAAGACAAUUGGCGGGGGCGGCACUCCCAGAGACUCCCCCUCCCGCCUCCACCUCCACCACCACCACCACCACCUCCACCACCACCCCGCACACUCGCAGCACACCGCCCUGACACACGCCCACCCCGACCUCAUCCACGCUGGAACCUACGGAGCCAGCGACGGAGGUGGAGUCAUUGGCGGUAGCGGCGGGAGCAAUGUCGGUGGCGGUGGUGGUGGCGGGGUCCAUCAUCCCGCCAAUGAGGACGCGAGAACCAGGCACUCAGGGGUCGGGUCCUCUCUCCCUAUAGACUACCGCAUUCCCUACCACAGCUAUAACUCCUAUGCGGGAUAUCGGCAUCAUCUACCAGACAGCCCACCAGACUCAGGCUCAGAACCGCCCUACUCCCCUUCCGAUCAUCCAAACCUGUCCCCGGAGCAAAAAGUCGUCGGGGACAUCUACGCGAGACCUCCUGGUGGCGGUGGCGGCGGGAACGUGGUGUCCUUCCCCUACUCCGUGAUGGGCCACCAGCCGCUGCCCCAACAGACCAGCCCCGUGCACGCCGCCCUACAGCCAGCCGCGCCGCUCCCCUACCCGACGCAGCCACAGCAGCCACCCCAGCAGCACAGCGUCAUGUUAGGUGGUGGUUCCCCCCUCGGAGGCUCUGCAGUUGGCGCGCCGGGAAGUCUUGGGGGCACGCCGCCUGUGUACGGGACACAGAGCAUGUUGGGUCAAGGCGCGCCGCUUGGAGACGGUCCCGCCAUGCUCGCAGCGGCCAAGAAGAGGAAGCUGACGGACGGCGGUGGUGGUGGUGGCAUGGUGGACAUCAAACAGGAGCCAGACCAAAGUGCGGGCGGUGGUCAGCUGGGCGGCGUCAUCACCCUCAAGGCCUGCGCCGAGGAGGACGAGUACACGAUGGACUCCACGGGGGGCAGCGGCGGCGGACCCUUCCUGGACGGCGCCUACCAGUGCAUCAGAUUCCAGAACUUCCAGCAACACUCGUGGAGCACCCUAUGCGACGCGAGCCUCAAGGAACUACCCAUGCCAACCUUCCGUGUGGACGCUGACAAGGGCUUCAACUUCUCCAACCCCGACGAGGCGUUUGUGUGCCAGAAGAAGAACCAUUUCCAGGUCACCGUCCACGUACAGGCGACCGGGGACCCCACGUUUGUCAGGAGCCCCGACGGUCUCAAGAAGGUGGACCGCUUCCUCGUGCACUUCUUCGGCGUCAAAACUGAGUCGCCAUCGCAAGCUAUCCGCGUAGAACAGAGCCAGAGUGACCGCAGCAAGAAAGCCUUCCACCCCGUACCAGUCGAUCUCAAGGGCGAACACACCAACAAGAUCACGGUCGGGCGCCUCCACUUCUCCGAGACCACGAGCAACAAUAUGCGCAAGAAGGGCAAGCCGAACCCCGACCAGCGCUACUUCUACCUCGUGGUGGCGCUCAAGGCCCACUGCGCCGACCAGGCCUAUACCAUCGCCGCCCACGCCUCCGAGAAGAUCAUCGUCAGGGCGUCAAAUCCAGGCCAGUUCGAGAGCGACGUGGAGUACACCUUCCAGCGAGGUUCCUACCCUGAGUCCAUCUACCACAUGGGCCGCGUGGGCAUCAACACGGACCGCCCGGACGAGGCUCUGGUCAUCCACGGCAACCUCAAGAUCACUGGUCAGCUCCUGCAGCCCUCGGACCGCCGCGCCAAGAAGGACUUCGCUGAGGUGGACACGAAGGAGCAGCUGAAGAACGUCCAGAGCCUUAGGGUGGUGAAGUAUGCCUACCGGGAGGAGUUCGCUGAGCAGGCCGGCAUGAACUCUGAUGCCAUAUACGACACGGGAGUCAUCGCUCAGGAGGUCAAGGAGGUGAUCCCCGAUGCCGUCAAGACAACUGGGGAUGUCACGCUGUCAAACGGAGAGAAGAUUGAGAACUUCCUCCUCGUCAACAAGGAAAGAAUAUUCAUGGAGAACGUCGGCGCGGUGAAGGAGCUCUGCAAGGUGACCGGGAACCUGGAGAACCGCAUCGGGGAACUGGAGAUCAUGAACAAAAAAAUAUCUCAGCUAAGAAGAUUUGAGUCGUUCAAAUCCACAUCAUCGUCGAUAUCCACUCGGACCUCAGCCACUUCCCGGGUGUCAUCAGUGUGUCACCGAAGCCGCAGCUGCUCGAAGCGACACAAACACAUGGGCAGCAGCAGCCACGACGACGGCAUCUGCAGUAAUAAGACGCUCCAAGUCACCACCAUCGCCCUCGUCUGCAUCAUGGCCUUCUGUCUAAUGGCGAUGGCGACGAUUUACAUCCUCGACUACCAGGACAGAAGGAGUUACAGCACCUCAAGCUCCACAGCCACAACCACCACCACCGCCUCAACCAUCUUCCUCUCCUCAUCCAUGGCAACCUCAACCCUAUCUCCGCCCACCACCAGCCGCACCACAGCCACCACCGACGACGACAACCUCACCUCCCUCACCUUCACCACCACCACAAAGUACCCGGCCAGCACCACCACCGCCAUCGUAAUGCCCCCGAAACCUCCAGUCCUCGGCCGGCCGGAAAGUUGCGCUAGCUCGGGCGAGGAGUCAAUCUGUGAGGUGUUCUGCUGUUUCACGAGUAGCAUAUUGAUGGGAGUGGUCAACCCGGAGUCCCCGAACCCCAGCACGGCAGCCACCACCAUCACCAUCUCCCGACGCAUCAUACCCUACGUCUCCACAACAGUGCCGCCAACAGUGUCUCAGUACGGCGAGGUGAUCACCAACAAGCUCUCCACCAGCGACCCCAACACUGUGAACGACUCCACCACCCACGCCACCAUGCGCUUCAAGCCAAUACCCAGCAAGAAAUCCAGCUCCAUAGACCAGAUGGUACGGCUGGCGCGGCACCGAGCCCACAUGAACCGCCCCUCAAACUCCCGCAGCAUCAAGCAGACCCUGAGCAAAAGAUCCAUUCAGACCAAACGCUCCACUAACAGCGCCCUGUCACACUUCAGGCCACCACUGCAGUCGAGCAUAGCCCUCCCGACGAUAGAAAUUGUGGAGCUUAACGCGACCAUCAACCACAUGUACUGCCUCAACUCAUUCGGCUACUCCUCCCAGAGCUGCUUGGGCCCUGACGCAAAGAACUACACCUAUGGCCUGCCUAUCUCCAAGUACAUGCCACACAUCAACCUCACACUGCACUUCAGCUUUAUGGCACAAGACUCAGCCAAGCAGCCGACAUUCUGUGCCAGCAACAGUACCGGGCCAUCCUUGCCUAGUGUGCAGUGCUCACACCACCCCCUGCUGCCGGCCCCAGAGGUGGUGGAGUUCCAGGGCCAGACUGCUCAAGACCACUAUGUUGUGCUACCUAAUGUUGGCUUGUGGUACCAGGUGGCGUACAAGUUCAGAAUAUCACUAGUUGAUGGAGGCGUGGAUCCUUGUAACUACGAGCGCACAGAAGUUGGUAACCUGUUUUACGAGAUCAACCUGAUAUUCCAAAGAGACUGCACAGAAUAACACACAUGCCUUUGCUGAAUCAUGUGAUACAUUCCAAUGUCUGUCAUAGUAAUAGUACAUACAGCCUUCCACUGGAUCAUGUGAUGUAUAUCAAAAAAUUAUCAUAAAAUUCUCCAUAUUUAUUCACAAACACAUUUUCAUAUCCAUGACAUUCAUUACUUUGUGCUUGUACCAUAGUCUGUCUCAUAACUCAAUGCAAAUGCACUUCAAAGACCCGGGGCUAUUUGCAUCUACUCUAAUUUCUUUGGUGCUUAACUUACAUAAAUAUAUUAUUCAUAUAUAUAUAUAUAUAUAUAUAUAUAUAUAUAUAUAUAUAUAUAUAUAUAUAUAUAUAUAUAUAUAUAUAUAUAUAUAUAUAUGUGUGUGUGUGUGUGUGUGUGUGUGUGUGUUUUCUUUCCCUUGUUUCUCCCUUGCUUGGUGCAUUACUUAUUUAAACUCGGCUGAUUAGCUUGGCGGGAUAGUUUCUAGUGGGCAAUUAUUUGGUGGUGUGAUUGGUGAGAGAAUUAGGACAUCAAGGAUCUGAUUAAUAAUACUAUUUUGCUACAUAUGUACAUAGUUCUGUAAAUAAUAAGAUUUAAUAUAAAUGCUGGCAUAUGAGGUCUUAUAAAGCCUAAUUUUAAUAGGUUUAUGUCAUAUAUGUUAAUUGCCAUGAUGCUGUAGCAUAUGCAAUUAUAAGGUUAAGUAAUUUAUGACAGGUGUAUGAUUUUCAAAGUACUUACAGAUGUAGUUUUUAACAUUUUUGUUCCGAAAGGGAACAGGGGAACAGAGACAUAGACAUUUCCUUUUGUAAUUGGCUACAGCACUGUACUACAUUAUUGUCAUCACUCUUGAUUCUUCAUUGUUUGGGAGGGAGACUCAUUCCUCCCUCACAGACGAAGGCAAAGGCAAGUACACACUAUAACAGGCUUGGAUAUGCUGCAUAAGAUAUCCUGAGGUGCUGCAUGUCAGCAUUUUAUAGUACAGCUCAUAAAGAUCUCCCCUUGAUAGUGAAUUGUCCAUGAACAUCUUGCCUUACUUAAAAUGCCUUCAUAAGACAAAAUAUAUUGUAGAGUUAAGCUAAAGGGAUAAUUCUCUACAGAGUAAAAUAGAGGAAAUGUCCCGGGCUGGGCUGGUGUCCUCCCUGAGCUGGCUGAGCCCUGACCCUCGUCUCUGCCCGUCAGUGACCUCUGCUCUAACCCUCAAGCCCAAAGUGCCACACAUUGCUUGUUACAAAUCACACAUCGCUCUCAGAUUCACAUUUACAUCUACAGUUGAUUGGAACCCACAGAGCUUUAUCUUUACCUCAGGGAACAGAAAGAAUUUAUAUAUUAUUAGAUGAGUCAAUCAAGCAUCACUCUCCGUUUCAUUACCUUUCAUCAUGUGGUGAGUAGUGUGUGGUGGUGGCCGUCACACCAGCACAGCCUGAAGUGAUCACAGGCAGUUGCACGGCUCACUCACACACCAGCCGAGGGACAUCAAAGCCUACCAUUUACAGGCAGGUGAUGCUUGACCAAAUCUCUGAAAUGUUGAAAAUGUCGUAAAACUAAGCUGUAUGAUCUCCUUGUCCAAUGUAAAAGCUCCAUGGGUCAAGCUGAAAUUAGUGGGUUAAAACUUUUUACUUUUAAUUAUAAUGAGUCAUAGUUUUGCAGAUUACCUUUUGAAUGUGCAGAGGGCAGUACAUCUAUAAUGAGUGGUGUAUACACCUUAAAGUAUGUGUUAUUUUAAUUAGUGAAGACACUUUAUUUUAGUGUGACUGCUUGAUUUAUUGUCAUUUACAUACUUGUACAAAUAUGUGUGUUUGUGUGACAAGGUUGUCAUCUAAGAUUAAAUCAAAGGAAAGCUAUUGGUAAGAAAUAGUUUAUUAUUUUGUAUUUCAUCAUGACCUCAUUCCCUGAGAGCAUAUAUAACCUAACAUUCAAGUGUGUCUUGCAUCCAUAUUGAUAUUAACACUUAUUAAUCAAUGGUUAUGUUGUGGUGCUAUCGUGCAUAUUGCUGCAUAGUAAUUCACCCUCACAGUGUGGUUGUGAGAAAACCAUCUACAAACAAGGCUUAUUAUACGUAUAGGAUAUAAUAUGGCACUCAACCUGGUGUUGAGGACCACUGCAUAGGAUUAUUUUUUAAGCUAAUAAUUCUGUGAAUUCCCCUUAUAAUGUUCUAACUGAAACCUUAUUGUUGCUACAUUUAUAAGCAAGAUAUAUUGGUCUUUCAGUUUUGUCAUUUUGCUUUUCACCUGGAAAUUUACAUCUGAAAAUAGUAGUAAAAAUAAGACACUUAAGAGAUUUUGAUAAAAGGCUUGACAGCACUGGUGUACUGUGAGACAAGGGCAAGCCACCUGCAGGUUGUGCCCACCCUUGUUGACUGACUGACCAAAAGAAGGACAGUGAGUGCCUCUCAUUGGGCUCAGGAGGCUGCAGGGCUUUGUAGCAGCAGAACUUGACUGACCCACAGGCUGGGCAUCAAGGCCUCUGCUGAGGGGCUCCAAGCAGCUACCUGCCAAGCUUUGUCACGUGUUUAAUCAUCCAGGUGGAAAGUGAAAUUGCAUUUUACUCACUGUUGGUUGAGAUUAAUUAUUCUUAUGGUGCUUCUUCCCACUUCCAGGAACCCAACUUGCUAACUUUGCUCAAUUCACACACCAUUGUGCCUUCCAGAGCCAGUAGUGGAAAAAUUCUACAUCUGUUUCUUGCUAGAACUUCAGAACCAGAUGGAAUUGUUGUUUUCUGGGUUCUGUUUUCCAUCACAAUAUCUGAGCUUUUACAGGAGACAAUAUAAAUCACAGUUCAGAAUACCAUAGCUGUGUUUAUUUGAUUGCUAAUAAUUGAAAUACCGGUGAAGGAAGAAGUAGGUCUGUGUGAUCUCAUUGGGUCAUGUUGUGUCCUUGUCAGUCAGGUUUAUAAUUAGGUUUACCAGGCCAAGAGUUUUGAUUCACAUGAGAAAGGAAACGCCUGAGCAACAUGAAGGUAUUGGCUGUCAAACUGCUUGUCUUGUUGGCCAGCUUUAAGGGGCUGUUACACUGGGCAAAUUUUCCGUGGAUCUUCAGUCAAACCACGAUUUCCGAUGGCGUGGUUCUCAUAUUUCCGUGGUUUUCUGACGUGUCCACGAUCUUCCAAAGCUACGGUAGAUUUCACCGAAGGAUGAAGGUAUUACUCACCAUCAUCAUCAGCAGCAAUAACAAGAAAUAAAUGAGAACCACGCCAGCAGAAAUUGUGGUUUGACUGAAGAUCCACAGAAAAUUUGCCCAGUGUAAUAACCCCUUUACAUGACUACUCUCGUGUUAGGGUUCCUGUGUGUUGCUAAAGAAAAUGAGUCUUCCUUGUGACUUGCACAUUCCAGUAGCAUAAUAUUAAUGUUCAAAGGAUUGGCGCUGCCCAGAAUAGCAUAGUUUUGUAAAUAAUGUUAGGUUUGUACAGAUAGAGAAAGCAGUAUAUGUGAUUGGAUAUUCAUUUAAAUAAAGUAUACUUAAAUAUA